AUGCUAGGCCUGCUAAUGGCGCGGUUGCUCUCCGGUAUCAUCGCCAACUAUUCCUCCUGGCGAAACGUAUACUGGAUGUCCCUGGCACUUCAAUACGGCAUCCUGAUCUUACUCUGGAUCUGGAUGCCAGACUACCCACAAUCAAACAAGAAUAUCAGCUAUUUCCGGAUCUUGUGGAGUAUUUUGGAGCUGCUCGUCAAACAUCCCGUGCUCGUGCAAGCGUCCAUCAUUGCGUUCCUGAAUUCGUCGUGUUUCACUUCCUUCUGGACGACGCUUACGUUCUUGUUGUCGGGGGAUCCUUAUAAUUACUCGACUGUGAUUAUUGGUCUUUUUGCGCUCUGCGGCAUGGGACCUUUGUUUUUCGGCCCCUUAUUCGCGAACCGCUUCAUCGAUAGGUUCCCAAUUCAUGUUUCGGUGCUUGUCGGAAUCUGUACAGCGCUUGCAGGGAUUGUUGUGGGCACUUAUACCGGCAAACGCACCGUAGCAGGCCCCAUCAUUCAGGCUAUCCUAUUCGACUUUGGUUCCCAAAUCAUGCAAAUCGCCAAUCGGACUGCCAUCUAUGGCGUUGCUCCCAAGGCUGCUAGUCGUGUGAAUACGGCAUUUAUGGUGUUUUCGUUUUGUGGCCAGUUGACGGGGACGGCGGCAGGGAAUAAGUUGUAUGCGCAAGGAGGGUGGAUCAGGUCGGGCAGUGCGAGUGUUGGGUUUAUGGGUGCUGCGAUUGUGGUUUUGUUGUUAAGGGGGCCGAAGGAAACGAGAUGGUUUGGAUGGAGAGGCGGGUUGGGGCCGAACAGGAAGGAUAUCGUGGCGGGGACGAAUGGGAAUGAUGAGGAGAAGCAGCAGCCGAGAAAAGAGCAAAUUGCGCAGAGCGAUUCGGAGAAGACUGUUGUUGAUAAUGAGAGUGGGCAAGGUCGGAUUUCUGAAGUGCAAAGUCAGAGAAAGAAUGAUCAAAUGGACAUCAGCGAGGAAAUUAACGGUGAAAGAAUGGAGGCGAAGAUCUAG